AUAUAUAUCGUCACUAUAAGGAGCAAUUUCACGUAACUUUUAAUCGUUGCCUAUAAGACUGAAAAACGAAAUAAAUUCAUUUAUAAAGUGAAUUUGGACACAUUUAGAUUUUUUCUUUAGACUUGCAAGAUAUUAACGAAGAUUACAACGUAACUAAAUUAUUUCUGUACACUCCGUGUUUAUUUUAUAUUGUAUUUUAAAAAGAAAAUGUCUAUGGUCUCGUCAUUUCGUUGUAAAUGUGUAACAGUGAAUUGUUUAUGAAUGUUGCUUCAGGUAUAAUACAGUAAUGCAAUAUUGAAAAUCUUAUUUUAUUAAGACAAAAUGUCAGAUAACAAUUUGCCGCACAUAUUCUAUGGACUUGAUUCGCCUGGUAGGAUAGUACGUAUAGAAUCUAGUAUUACCACACGGCCUAAUAUUGGUCGUCUUUCAAGUAUAGAAGAAACAUUAAGAAGAUUUAGCACAAAUCUAAGGCCAGAAAGACAAACUAAUGAAUCAAAUAAUGAAAUAUCUGAUGCUCAACCUCCAGCGAUUUUAUCAAAUGAGGAACCAAUACCUAUUGUGUUGUCAGAAUCUGUAAACAUUGCCCAACCGAACGAUAUGAUUGAUGGUGCAUCUUCCCCAGAUCAAUCAAACAUUAAUACAUCAAUAGCAAAUACAGAAGAUGACAAAAGAUAUUGCUGGGUAUGCUUUGCAACGGAUGAAGAUGAUGUAACUGCUUUAUGGGUAAAACCAUGUCAUUGUCGUGGUACAACAAAAUGGGUACAUCAAGGAUGUAUUCAGAGAUGGGUUGAUGAAAAACAAAAAGGACAUGCAGGUGCACAUGUAGCAUGUCCACAGUGUAAUACAGAAUACAUCAUUGUAUAUCCAAAUAUGGGGCCGUUAGUAGUUGUACUAGAUACUAUUGAUGGUAUGGUUUUUCGAAUUUGCCCAUUUAUUGCAGCUAGUAUAGUUGCUGCAUCUGUAUACUGGACAGCUGUAACAUAUGGAGCAGUAACCGUAAUGCAAGUAGUUGGUCACAAGGAUGGUCUAGCUAUAAUGGAACAAGCUGAUCCUUUGGUAUUAUUGGUUGGUUUGCCAACUAUUCCAAUAAUGUUAAUUUUGGGAAAAAUGCUCAGAUGGGAAGAUCAAGCACUUAAUCUUUUAAGGCGACAUGCAUAUAAGGUUCCUAUUUUGAGGCAUUUCUUGCCUAGUAGUUGUUCAAGUGCUGACAGAGUACAAUCUGACGAUCUACCACCUAUGAGUGAUCCAAUGUCAGCAACUCGUAUUCUUUGUGGUGCGCUUUUAUUACCUAGCAUUGCCAGCAUAUGUGGCAAAAUAUUUUUUGAAAGCAUACAUUCUAAUUUUCAAAGAACAUUGCUUGGAGGUAUAGCAUUUAUAACAGUAAAGGGUGCAUUCAAGAUAUACCAUAAACAGCAACAAUAUGUAAGACAAUGUCAACGUCGUAUAAUGGAUUAUACAGAGAGUAAUGUUUCAUUAUAUAGAAGACAACAAAAUUCUGAAACUAACCAGACAAGUUAAAUAGAUACAUGCAAGAGAUUCUUGGAACAAUACACUAUCAAACGACAUCUCAGUUAAAAAAAAACUAAACCUCAUAAUAUACUUU